UCAAGAUGGCGGCCGAAACAGCAGCCAAUGUAAGUGAUAUCUUAAAAUACUCGUAUCUUGUCUGAUGUAUUUGUAUUCUUGUUUUGUGUGAUUAUAAAGCUUUCGUCAUUUUUUUUAUUUUGAUCGAAUAUUGAUUGAAAUCUGUAUAGUCCAUAAAUGUAUAUAAGAAUAUGGAAAAUACGCGGCCAUGCAGGAAUGAUAAUUUAUAAAACAAAUAUUCAUAUUAAACGAAUAAAAUAAAUCAUGAUGUUCUCUGGAAAGAUAUUGUUUUCAAAUAGGAUUAGAGAAACUUUAAAAUCAUGGCACACUGCUAUUGUAAUGAUGCAGGGAAACCCAAAAAGGCAAUUAUAUAUUAUCUUAAAAAACAAUAUUGUUAGUACAAGCUGCCAACUGGCAUUUCCUUAUAGCACUUAUAGCUUAUGUACGAGUCAAAUCGAACGAGUCAAUGCCCUUAUGUACGAGUCAAUGCCCUGCUAUAGAGUAUAGGGGUAGUCCUGGUUCUGAAAUUUUGGCCAAAAUUAAAUUGAAUAAGUAUUUCAGGAUUAAAAAGAACGAAAAAUAGGCCAGGCAGUUCUUCUUUUUGUUCAAUCGGGCAUAUUGUAUCAUAUAUCUAUGAUUGAUAUUUGUGAUUCAGAAGCAAUUUUUAAACUAUCGAAAAGACGUAAAAUAGAAAACUCCUGAACGCUAGAGUGUACACAUAUUUUUAGGGAAAACAUCUGAGCAAGUUGUCAAGUGGUCAAAUGCUCGACGGGGCCGGGGCCGUCAAAUGCCCGACCGGGCCGUCAAAUUCCCGCCUAUACGGAGGUAAUGUUAAGUACUUAAGUCAAAUGCCCUGGGGUUGCCGGGGGGGGGGGGGCUGAUCGCGGUUGGAUUUGACUCGUACAUUACACAUUGGUGACCAAGACUAUAUUUGGUUUUAUAGCUAAAAAUUGGAGAAUUCUAAACUUUUGCCUAAAAAAUUUCAAGUUCACUUUUCAAGUUUUUCACAAAACGAAAGAUCGCAGAGAAGUAUAUACACAUAAGACAUUUAAGCAAGUAGUGCGAAUUUUCAAGCUGGUUUUGAGUUUAAAGAGCCUAAAGUUAGCAUCAAAAUUUUGGUUUGGAGUAUUUUCUUUGAACCUUGUCCUCACCGCCAGGAACCUGGUCACACUUAAUUGUCUUAUAACUUUUUUGCGAACUUUGCAAUGGUAUAGUUUAUUUUUGUUAAAAGUGAAAGUCUAUAUUUGAAAUUUUGCAUUUUUGUCAUCAUAGACAUAGUACUUUAUCUAGGCAAAAUUCUCAAAUUUUCAUGUGUGAAGGCUAAAGCCAAAAUCAGAGUUGCCAACAUAUCUAGUCUUGUUCGUUAAUGCAUAUACUCUAUGAAAUAUCAUUUUGAUUCAACAGCGAUUGCUCUUCAGCCGGAGGAGUCUUCGAAAAUAAGUAGAAAAUUUUUUGGUCUUUGACACUACGAACCCUGUGGCUCCGUUAAUGCAUGACAAUGGUUUUAUCCCUAUCCAAAUAAAGGUUCACUAUCAUAAACAUCAAUUUGUAUAGCAAUUUGCAUUCGAAAGCUCAGGUGAGGUUUUAAUUAAUAUUUAGAAAUCCCGUAGAUGGCCAAAUAAGAAAAAGUAUCAAGUUUUGAAACGUCAGUUGAAGUUUAAAUCUUUUUAUUUCUUUCAUUAUCGUUGUGAACUCUUACUUUGAAUAUAGCUGUUUGCUCGUCUUGGACGCAAGAAGUCGUUGGAUGGGCUGGAUAAAAUACUUUUCCAAGGUUUGUCUCGGCCAGUGCAGGUGAAAGACGUAAUCGAAUUGUAUGGCGAUGAUGGCUCAGGAAAGACUCAAAUAUUAUUGCACUUGAUCGCCAACUGCAUUUUACCACAAAAAUGGAAAGGUGCAUCCCUCGAAGGACGAGGUGUGGGUGCUAUUUUCGUGGACACCGAUUACCACUUCUCUCUGCUUCGUCUCGUGGAAAUCUUGGAAGAACGAAUCACGUCAUGUUUUUUACAGCAAGGGUUACCAAUGCCGAGUGUUGCUGCCCGACAGACGUUCAUAAAAUCAUGUUUGUCCCGACUAACUUUAGCGAAAUGCAACUCGACAGAAGAGCUUCUGGAUACAAUGCGAAGUUUCGACAAAAUCCUUUGCAACAGAACUGAUAUAUGUGUAAUGAUGAUUGACAGUAUCAGUGCUUUUUAUUGGCAGGAUAAAAGUGACGGUGGUGAGACUUACCAAGGUCGAGAAAAACAUCAAAAGAGGCUUCUAGAGGUACUUCGCCGUUAUAUAGACCAAUACUACCUUGUCGUAAUAGCUACAUUGCCAGCUAUCUAUUCCAAGGAUUUUAAACGUAUACAGCGAAUGGACGAUUAUGCAUACAUGUGCCGACCAUGGAGAUGGUUUGUGAAAUGUGCAUAUGCAGUCUCCCGUACGUCGGAUAAGAGUUCAACGUUUCUCAUGAAGCAGGUCAAGCCUGACGUAGGCAAUUUUGUAAUUAAAUUUGAUAUCGAUAAAGAAGGAUUGAAAUGUUGAACAUUAUGAACUUUGAUGUUUAAUUUCGGCACUUGUAGUGUGAUAAACUUCUUGUCGUCUUUAAUACAAAAGUUUUAACCAUUAGUAGCGAGUUGAACUCGCAGCAUGGAGUGGGAUAUUAUAGUUGUGAAAUAGAAAUUCAUUUUGUGAUAAAAAGGUAGUCUGUAUCAUUUCAUUUCUAUAUUAAAAACCUUCAAUUUAAAUAUAGCUAAUCCUUAUCCUUACAAUACAUGCACCCUUUGGGAAAGUACGUCAUUUUGACUAUAAUAGGAACCUCGUCUUCGCGUAUGUGAUAUCAAUUAAAGCCCAACGUAUCAAUGACGAAAACGAGGGAUCUACAGCCAAAGCGACGUACUUUCCGGAAGGGUGUAUUCUAAACCUUUCCUAACAAUCUAACCUUAGUUCUAACUUAAUAGUCGGGGUGGAGGCGGAAUAUUCUUACUUCAACAUCCAAUAUUCUUAUACCUGUAUUAUUCAAUAUUCCUGCCUACAAUAUUCCUCAAAAAUGUGGUGUGGGGGUAGACAAAUAUUCAUUCAAAUUCUGGUUGAAGUAUUUAUAUUCCUCUGAAAAUCCUACCCCAAAUAUUAAUAUUCCUACCAUAACUAUUCAUAUUGAAACUAUACUUUUAAAACCAGUAUUCAAUACUUAAUAUUCCGCUUCCACCCACGGCAAUCAUGACGUCUCCUCGGGACAUGUGGGAAGUAACCAAACGUUUGUCAAUAUCUUGUGAAAAUGUUUAUUUUGGUUGUACACUUCCAAUUAUUCAACAUGAGUUUCAACAUAUUUUACAAAUAAUAUAAAAAAGAAACAGUUACUGUAAAAACAUUUCUAUUUCGUUGGUGGUCUACUGAACGAACUGGUAGUUUACAGGAGCUAUGAACUGUUGGAAAGAUUAAAUAAAUGUUAAUGAAUAUCAACUUGUGAGAAAUUUCUUGUCUUUAACCGGGCAUGCGAGUCGAGAAUAUGCCUGCAUAUUACUGAAAGCACCGAGGACGAGAGGUUACUUUAUAUCUUUGCUGAUCUUACAGCUACUGUUUUUGGUGUUUUUCUUCGUCAUUUCUUUCCAUCUUUACCAAAUAUUUAUCCGUUCCCCCCAUCUGGUUGAUCUGUUUCCUCAGUACAAAAUAAUUUUGGCAUUUGUUACAAAAUUCGCACGUCAAGGAGUUUGACCUAUUCAAAUAGAAUCGUUAAAACA